AUGGAGCGCCUUUCGAUCAAUGACCCUCCAGCUGGUCCUCAGCAUGGCAACGCGCCCCCGGGGUUCCCCCCGCAGCAGCAGCAACAGCAGCAAAAUAACACGCUGGGACCGAUGUCGCAUGGUCCGCCGCAAUUACCCCCGCAAAUGUUCACCACUGCUGCUCAGCUGUUGGAUUUGACGGAUAAGAAACUCGUCCUAGUUCUGCGCGAUGGAAGAAAGUUGAUUGGAGUGUUGAGAAGCUGGGACCAAUUCGCGAACCUUGUUCUUCAGGAUACCAUCGAACGAAUGUAUGCGGGCAACCUCUAUGCCGACAUCCCGCGGGGUAUUUUCCUGGUCCGAGGAGAGAAUGUGUUGCUUCUGGGUGAAAUCGACCUUGACAAGGAAGACGAAAUGCCAACGACGGUUCAAAGAGCCCCCUUCCAGGAAGUGUUCGAGUUGAAGAAGCAAGAGGACGCGCAGCGGAAAACGGGCGACAAGAAGCGCCAGGGUAAACUCCAGUGUCUUGGAUUCGAGCCCGAACACAGCGGAGAGAUUCUGUUUUAA